AUCCCUGCAUUUUAAUAACCACUAGGUUGACACAAAUGGUUCUCGUUUGUCGUACAAUGUAUUUACAUUAUAAUUUAGGGAACGAAAUUUGUCUGUAAAGAUUGUCAGCAAUUCUAUCUUCAGUAUGAAACGUUCGAUAACUGAAGAAAAUGGGGAAACAAAAAGAUCUUUUGUUAAGCAAGAGUGUAUUAAUUUCGGAUAUGAAAGUUCCUAUCCAGCUUAUACUUCAUCCUCUUCAUCUCCUUCAACUGUUACACAACCUUUACCAGGACAACCACCGUUACCUCCUAUGCCACCUCCUCCUUCUAGUGGUGUUCCACCACCUCCACAUGUAUUUGGACCAGUGCCUUCUCAAGUUACACCAAUACAAGCAUGGACACAUCCUUCUGCACCAUGGCAAUGGAUAACACCUCAAACAUCUCCUUUACCUCCACUACCCCCACGUGAUAUAACUGCAAGUUCAUUUCAAAGAGAAAUGCCUCUUAGAGGUAACUGCAUGAGAAGAGAAAGAUUUACACACAAUAAAAAUAGUAUAUAUAUUCAAAGAAAUAAUUUUCAUCGUAAAAAUAGAAGACUUGCUCGUUUUGGACAUACUCAGAGUCAAUUUGAUCAAGCAGCAUAUUUUGGUGCAACAUUGAGUAAUAGUCUUGGUUUGGAAUGGCAAAGAAAUAAUUACACUCCAUCUACAGGCGAUACAAUCAUGAAUCACAUGCCCGUUCCUCUUUCUAAUCAUCCUUUGCCUCCUAUACCACCAGGAAUUUUGACAAAUAGACAUGGAGAUGAAACUUCAGACCAAGAAGUUAAAGUUGUUCUGGAAGAAGUUAUUGUUAAGAAGAAUAAACAAAGAAAACCUAUGUCCCAAAGUUAUCCUAGUCGUCCAUGGAAUAGAGAAGAUGCAGAAAGAGCUUUGAAAGUUGAAAAUGAAUAUAACAAGACAGUUAAAGCACAAAGUUUAAUAAUUAAAUUUCCAGAUCCUGAUUUGAAUAAAGAUAUUGUUAGGGAAUUUCACCCUGGUAUACAAAAUAUUCAUUUUCAAAGUCCUAGUGGUCCUAGAUAUUGUUUUAUACAGAUGGCAGAAAGUGUUGAUAUCGACGAAGCUAUAAAAGAGUUGGAAAAGAUACCUUUUGGAGUAGGUCAUCUGAAAGUUGAAAGAAAAUCUCUAAGGGAUGAAGAUAAUCCCAUGCCUGAAGAAAUAGAUCCUUAUACAUUAUACAUAGGAAAUUUACCAGAAUCUGUUAAUGUUAAUGAAGUAAAAAGUAAAUUUCCAACAGCUGCUCGGGUAGAUGUAGGCUAUGCACAGAAAAUGAGGAAUACUCGGUAUGCUUUUAUAAGGUAUAAUAGUGUAGAUGAAUCUAUAUCUGCUUAUAAACAAGCACAUAAUUUAAUGUGGGAUACCAGAAGUAUUAUUGUUAGGUUUAGGAGACAGCGCGGUAAUACUUGUCUUCCUGGAGAACCUAAACCUAAUGUUAAAAAGGUUAAAGAAGAACCAAAUAGUAAUUCACAAGUAAAAAAAGAACAAAAAGCUAAUCAUACUGAAAAAAGUGGAACAAAAUUAGAAACUGAUGUAGAAAAUAGAAUACAAGAUAAUUCUACUAAUUCACAAAGUAAAGUGCAAAAUAAAACACCAUCUCAGGUUCAAAACACCAUUCAAGAACAAAAUACAAAUUUACAAUCAUCUUCUUCCUCUAUACCAACCUCGGUUGCAUCAGCUAAAUCAGCACAGCAACAACAACCAUGGACUGGCCAGUCAUCUCAAAUACCUUCAGCUUCUGAACCUCCACCAGAAAGAGAAACUUGUUCAGCAGAAAAAGAAUCGGUUGCAGAAACAAUAAUGCUUACAGAAAUUAAGGAAGAGCCAGAAGAUUAUGAAGAAAUGGAAAUGUCAUGUAAUAUUCGAUCUGAUGAUGAUAUAGAUGAUGAUGUAGAUGACGAUGACGAUGAUGAUGAUGAAGAAGAAGAAGAUAAUUCAGAUGACAAUGAUGAUGAUAACGAAGACGAUUAUGAAGAUGAUGAGGAAGAUAUAGAUGAAAGUGGAAACUUAUCAUUGAAUAAUAAACAAGAAGAUGUUACAGAAGAUAACGAACCAUCUGAUCAUCUUGACCAAAUGUUUAGUGAAUUAGAAAACAUGACUGGUGAUAUUGGUUUUUAAUACAUUGAAUUAAUUGAACUCCCACACUAAUUAAUAUCCGAUGUUUAAAAAAAAUUACAAUUUGUAAAUAAUUCUAGUUCAAAAGCGAAAUGUGUAACGAGUAAGACUGCAUUUAUUUAAGUACAAUGUUAGUAAUUCAGUUACUUUUGUACUGAUAUGUUUUUACUUUAUAAAUUUUUACGCUUACAUGUAUCCAUAAAAUUCUUUGUGUAAACAAUUGUGAAUAUCUCAUUAAAAUUAU